ACAGACGCCAAGUAACGUAGUGCACGCUGGUCCUUUUCACUCAGGAGCAUUUGAAUAAGGAAGAUGGCGGCUGCAGCAGUGGUCGAGUUCCAGAGAGCCCAGUCCCUCGUUAGCACGGACCGCGACGCCUCCAUCGACAUCCUCCACUCCAUAGUGAGGAGAGAUAUUCAAGAGAACGAUGAGGAAGCUGUCAGGGUUAAAGAACAGAGCAUCCUGGAGCUGGGGUCACUCCUGGCCAAGACGGGACAGGCUGCAGAACUGGGGGGUCUGCUGAAAUUCGUGAGGCCCUUCCUGAUUUCCAUCAGCAAGGCCAAAGCGGCCAAGCUGGUCCGCUCUCUGCUCGACCUCUUCCUCGACAUGGAGGCAGCGACAGGGCAGGAGGUGGACCUGUGUCUUGAAUGCAUUGACUGGGCCAAGGCCGAGAAGAGGACCUUCCUACGACAGGCCCUGGAGACUCGGCUCAUCGCACUGUAUUUUGACACCAAAAGAUUCCAGGAGGCCUUGGCACUGGGUACCCAGUUGCUCGGGGAGCUGAAAAAGAUGGAUGACAAAGCUCUCCUGGUGGAGGUUCAGCUGCUGGAAAGUAAGACGUACCACGCCCUAAGUAACCUGCCCAAGGCCCGUGCCGCCCUCACCUCAGCCAGGACCACCGCCAACGCCAUCUACUGUCCUCCGAAGCUCCAGGCAGCGCUGGACAUGCAGUCAGGAAUCAUCCACGCGGCCGAGGAGAAGGACUGGAAGACGGCCUACUCCUACUUCUUUGAGGCCUUCGAGGGCUACGACUCCGUGGACCACCCCAGAGCCGUCACAGCUCUCAAAUACAUGCUGCUGUGCAAAAUCGUUCUGAAUGCACCAGAGGAGGUACCGUCCCUGAUCAGUGGUAAACUGGGCCUGCGACACACCGGCCGACAGACAGAUGCACUGAAAAGUGUCGCCCAGGCCAGUAAGAACAGAUCAUUAGCAGACUUUGAAACGGCCCAAACAGAGUAUAAAGCAGAACUGAGGGACGACCCGAUCAUCAACACUCACAUGGCCACACUGUACGACAACCUGCUGGAACAGAACCUCAUCCGAGUCAUUGAGCCCUUCUCUAGAGUACAGAUAGGACACAUAUCAGGUCUAAUCAAACUGUCAAACGGGGAAGUUGAGAGGAAAUUAUCACAAAUGAUUCUGGACAAAAAGUUUCACGGAAUUCUGGACCAAGGCGAAGGCGUCUUGAUCAUAUUCGACGAGCCUCCGGUGGACAAGACGUACGGAGCCGCUUUGGAAACGAUUCAGAACAUGAGCAAAGUCGUGGAUUCACUUUACAACAAAGCCAAGAAGCUGACAUAGAGACCCCCCCCCCGUGCGAUGGAGGAACUGUGUGUGUUUGACCAGCGUGUGAGACGUUUUAAGAAGGGGACACAGGAGAGCAGCAAAGAGUUCCACAACCUGCAACAGACAGGACGUCCCCCAUCAACUCCCCCUCCUCCCCCCCCCCACGGACAAUUAAUCACUUCUCUUCUUUGUUUGUUGUUUUUUCUUUCCCCCUCCUCUUCCUCCUCCUCCUCUUCCUCCUGCUCCUCUUUGAUUUUUGAUAUUUCUUCAGGAUUCUGUAAACACUCAGCGGCCAAGUCAAGGCCAUCAGGGAAUAUUGUACAACCACAAUAAAAAAAGAUUUAAAAAGGUUUAAGAAUACAUAUGUUUAUAUCUGCUAUAAGGUCGGGCUCAUGGCGGCCCUCAGCUGACUCCACUGCGACCUCGACCUCUGUGACCUCGACCUCUGCUGCCGACCAGUGCCAGAAGAAGCCGAGGCGUUACCCCCCCUACCCCUGUACCCCCCACCCUUCAGAAGCACACUGCUCAGUUUUUGGAUGGUUGGGGAUUUUCCUCUGGAUGCGGAGCUCUGGUCCGAGAGCGCCCUCCAGCUUGUUUCUCUUCCCCUCAUCAUAUCAAUGCCAAGAGUUAUGUUCUCCCCCCUCCCCGCGCUGUAUUUCAGAUAUGUAUUAAACUCACUUUAUUUGUUUUCUUUGGGUUUUGUGUUUUUUUUGGUUUUAAAAAACAAAGAAGAAGAGAAUCAGACGGUUGCCACAUGUCUGCCCCUCCUGCUUGUGUACGUUUCUUUAAGAACAGACCAGAUGCCACUACACCAAUCGUGCCACUUCCCCCCCCCACCCUUGCCUCAGUGUUAGGGUGCAGUGUGAGACGGUUGGGGGGCAGAGGUGGAGUUUGCCUUUGAGUGUCUGUGAGGUUUCCCCUGAGUGAGUAAUUCUCCAUUGUUAGUUAUUAGCACUAGUGUGGUAUGCUAGUAACCAAACAAUUUGUAUGGUUUUGAUUUUCUUUUUUGUUUUGUUUUGUUUUUCUCUUAUAAAGACAUUUUCAAAAAUAAAUAUUUUGUAUUUUAA